AUGCACCAGCCGUUCGUCAGGGAGCACAACCGCAUUGCCGUCUUGCUUUCGGACCUCAAUGCCCACUGGACUGACGAGCAAGUGUUCCAAGCGGUGCGCAGGAUUGUGGGAGCAACUCUGCAGCACAUCACCUACACUGAGUUCCUCCCCUCUAUUCUUGGCCAGGGCAUUAUUGAGAAGUAUGGCCUGGCACUGCAAUCAUCAGGGUUCUUUGCUGGGUAUGACAUCAACAUCAACGCAGGCAUUGCCAAUUCUGUGUCGUCGCAGGCCCUCAAAUUUGUGGCCUCUCUCCUGCCAAAUACUGUGGCUUAUUUUGAUGAGGAGAAGGUGAAAGAGCGUCCCAUCACAGACACCUUUUAUGCUCCCUUUGACCUUUACAAGCCCAUUAGAGGUG